UGUCACAGUCGAGGCAAAUAUAGUCGCGUGGACCAGACUAGAAGAAACCCCCCACCCUCCUCUGACUCGCUCCUUACGCAAAUAAACCUCUAAAGGUUAUGUGAGUGUUUAGACGGAGGCUGGCGUUAAGGAGGAGAGACGUGGACGCUACCGAUCACCAUGGCUUCCACCCCCUCGGCCUCUGCCCUGUCCGCUGUUCUCCGGUGCCGGGGGAAUAUCUGGACGAGGAAUCCGCCGGCCAAGCGGCCUGCCAGCUCGGCGUACGGCCUCGGACUGGCCGGCGGGGCGCUGCGCGACUCUCCGGGCGAGCGCAGCGGCUCACACCAGGCGUCAGCGGCGGAGGCUUCUCCACACGGAGAGUGUGUGGUGGUCCUGGUGGGAAGAAGGCUGAUUGUUUCGUACAGGUCGGACAGAGUGGGGGGUAAAGUUUCCAGGGCAGUGAGUGGAUUACCUUACCCAAAACUUUCGCAAUCUCCAGGGCACGCGCACUCAGCUGCGCCUGCGCGCGUACUAGCGAGCGGACUGUCUGGAAAUAAUAAAUGCUCUAAAAUAAUUCAGAUUAAAUCCGAAAAAUAUCCUGCACACAUCCGCAAAAGCGCUUUGGUUAAAGGUGAAAUCUCUGCGAGCGUCCUGAAGCUGUCCGUGACGUCCCCUCCGUGUUUAGUGGGACAAAUCUCGUCCUUCGUGUUAAACGGCUGGUCUGUACUGAGGAGCACGUGCUUGUCUGUGACUUGUCUGGUGUCCAAAAUUCUGUUUUUGAAUUUGGGAGAUGUGCGUAGCUCAGGCAGCAGCCCCGAUGACGCACCAGGACAUCUGCUGUGCCAGCGGGAUGAGGAAAAACUCCAGCAGCCGGAGCCUCCAGGCAAACAAACAGACCUCUUACAAGAACAACUCCAGCUCAGCACAAAAGAUCACACAGGAAGGACCUGACUGAGUCCAAGGCCUCAGCGCCAGAGAGAAGCAUUGCGAUCAACAUCAUUUAUUGACUUUUCAGGACACACACCACAUCUGGACUUCAACCUGCUGAUAGAAACCAGCCAGCUGUUUUUCAUGGCACACUAACUAGUGACAAAUGAAUGGAAGAACCAGAAUGAAGUGUUUGAAAUGAAGCGUUGGGCCUCCACAAACACCAUCAGUGCUGUUUGGCAGCGACUCUCUAAAUCUCUGAUUUGGGCAAGACCAUAUUUACUGUAAAAAAAAAUUUCCCUUAUCUGUUGUUUUGAUGAUAGUUGUCGAGGGCAAAGUCCCACAUGGAUUAGUGAUCAAUUAGAUUGAGUCGCAUACUGUGGCAAAGGUUACAGCGUGUGAUUUGCAUCAUUUUCACCCUCUUAAGACCUUUCAGUGGUUGGGGAUAUGUCAUCAUGGAAGAGCCCACUCCCAUCAGGACAAAAAUAUUUAAUCAUUAAGCUGAUGUUUCUGCAUAACUUUGUAUUGAUUUGAAGUGGAUCACCACUGAGGGGCCUACAGCGAGUUCCCUCUCUGUAGGGUUCAGUUUUUUCCUGUUAAUUUGCCACUUGUCUGUAUGAGCAACAAGAAACAAGCAUGUAUUCCAAGUCUUCUGAAUAGAUAUGCUGACUUUGCGUGCUGCAGAUACUCGACUCUGUUUGUCAGGGCUCAGUGUUUCCAGUGGGAGAAACGUGUUGUCGCUCGUCCAGGUGACCUCUUCAGUCCCCGCAGACAGAAGAAGUCGGUCGUCUGCAGGUUUCUCCAGCCAACUGAAAAUGCUGCGCUCAGACGAGCAGAAUCAAGUGUCUGCAUUAAAACUCUCCCCCUGCAUAAUUUGCACAAAAGCUCAUAUUACAGAGACCGUGACACAAACUUCCUCUUUAAAUUGGAGUGAAAAUAAAGCCUCAAGAAACACAACAAUGCACACUGAGUAAAAACGAUAUAAAUGUGUGGAAAUAAUUAAAAGACGUCCACUGUGUUUAUACACUGCACUGUGCCAGCGGAACAUAUACCAACAUACCCUACCAGUCUAAAAUUUGAAAACACC